UGCUUUUCAUCGCACCUGCGGUGAUGGUUUUUACCUCUGUGCGUUUUGCUUCGCCAAGCCUGGUGAAGGUGCUAAAAAACUCAUCGCUGUGGAAUUGAUGAACAGGAAGAAAUAUAAAAAUAAAUAGAUAUACUGUAUUUCGAGGAUACAUUUCAUGUUGAUCAAAAUUGAAUGACGAUUUACGUCGACUGUUGUAACAAAACACUUAAUGGACACGUCAGUACCAAUACAUUUCAAGCUGGUGUAACCAUCACCCAGUAGUGACGUCAAGAAGAGAAAGGGUGAGGGAGAGAGAGAGAACUCAAUCACAGCAUGACAACACUUUCGGAUUCCACGGGUCUCUUAAACGAAACUGAAGAAGAAACCGAAAACGGAGCAUUCGAUGAAAUGGAAAUAAUCCGGAGAAUGAACAACGACAAGGCUGUGUUACUGAUACCGGCCAUCACCUACACCGUCAUACUGAUGGUUAUCGGAGUCAUUGGCAACCCGCUGGCGAUCUACAUCUACGGGUUCCGCUGGGAGAAGACGACUCUCAAGUACUUCCUACUGUCGCUGGCGAUCAUCGACCUCGUCAACUGCGUCAUCACCAUGCCGACGGAGAUCGCGAUGCUGCGGAACUUCUACUACUUCUCCAACGCCAAGAUCUGCAAGAUGUCGCGAUUCACGACCUACGUCAUGAACAACGCCUCCUCCGCCAUCUUUCUCGUCAUAGCCGUCGACAGGUACAUCAAGAUCUGCAAACCGUACACCAAGCCGAUGAGCGUCAGAGCUUCAAAGGUCGCCUGUUGUGUGGCGCUCUUCGCCGGUGUGUCUGUUUCCUGGCCGGCCGUAGUGAUGUACGACAGGAUCGACGUGCCCAUCAGGACCAACGUCACCGGUGCAGUCUGCGGCGUGCAUCCUCAGGAGCACUACAAGCCGUACCUGUUAGCGUUCUUCAUCUAUCUGUGGGUGGCCUUCAGCCUGAUAGGGGUGGUCAUAUCUGUCCUGUAUAUACUCAUCUACAGGGCGAUACUCACGAGGAAGAAGUCCAAGUUACGCUUGUCGGGUCGCUCCGAAGAUGCCUUGAAAAGGAUUCGAAGCGAAACCAGCAGCCACAAUGACGCUGGCAGCACAGCGACCCCAAAAGACGGGCCCGAGACCUGGAAAAUACGUUCGUACACAUCCAAUGAUGACGCGGAACACCAAAUGCCGGCAGACUACUCUCUGUCGAAGUUUUCCAAUGGGAGCCGUAGAAACACAUCUAAGACGAAGUGGGACAGUUUAAGAUUCCGUCCAGGGAGAUCAACUGUGAUGCUGUUCGCUAUUACCGUGGUGUAUGUGUUGACGUUUUUACCCUUCCUGAUCGUGACUAUUAUCCGGACGCACGUGGGAGCGUCGUUUUAUUCGUCCCUGACGAAGGGGGAAGAGGUGGCCGUCAACAUCUUCCUCAGGUCGUACUUGGUGAACAACUGCGCCAACCCUAUCGUCUACGGUUUCUGUAACGUUCAGUUCAGACAGGAGUGUAAGCAACUCUUUAAAAGAGUGUGUUGUCGAAAACAGGAUAAUCCGUAACACAAAUCACCUUAGGUUAUUCACGUAAUCUAUAUCUAUUUCUUAAUGUUU